AUGGCGAUGAAGACGGAAAGAAUUAAUCACGUUGACCAUAAAAAACACCCACCCCAUUAUUCCCUCUUCACCUUUACUUUCUUCCACUCUUAAUCCUCAAAACACAUCUUCAACACACAAAACAAAAGAAAAAACAGAGCACACAGAAAUGCUAAAGCAACAUUUCAGCCACCCCCACCCACUGGCCGCCGCAAAGGUGGUGGAAGACGACGGAACUAUCUGCUCCGGCUGCGAAUUCCCACUUUCCGGUGCCGCCUACAAGUGCACAAAGCCCAAAUGCGAAUUCCAUCUCCACCAACUCUGUUUCGCCCUCCCACCGGAGAUCCACCACCCCUCUCACCCAAAACACCCUCUCAUCCUCACUGGAUCUCCGCCAUACGUCGACGGGGAGUUCGCCUGUGAUGGCUGUGGUGACGUGGGCUCCGGCUUCAUCUACCGGUGCCCACGAUGCCAGUUUGAUCUACACAUCCACUGCGCCGCCUUGCCGGAGACGUUGGUCGGGAAAAACCACGAUCACCCUCUCCGGCUUGUGUUCGAGUCAAAAGGGAAAGGAUUUUGCUGCGGUGUUUGUGAGGAAGGUUUCGGAAGAGGUGGUUGGGUUUAUUACUGCGGGGUUUGUGAUUUUGGGGUUCAUGUUCACUGUUUCGUGGCUGAUGAUGAGGAUGAAGAUGAAGAAAUGGAGUGAUUUUGAUGGAGAUGAAGAUGAAGAUGAAUUUGGUUGGUCUUUUCUACUCAUAUUUUGUAAUUGUAUAGAUGAAUUUCAGCGUUGUGGAGAUUUUGGCCUAUAUGUAUCUUGAUCUGCGUUGGAUCAUGGGUUUUUUCUUAUCACAUGUUUCUUUUCCAAUCAAUUUACUCUAUCAAAAAGGAUCAAGAUUAGCUAAA